GGGGGCGUUUUCGUGCGCGUUUGCGGAGCCGCUCCGUYGGUUGCGGUGAAUACGUGAUUGAAGUCCCGCAGCUGAGGACUGCUCCCCGCUUCAGGGGCUCUCCGGGCGGACGGCGUGGAGGAGCGGCCGGAGAAGAUAAUUCCCUCGCCGCAGAAUUGGAAGAUUGGAGCAGGCGAGAGCAAAAGAGAGAUUAUACUGUCAGAUUAGCGAACAGGAGCAGCAAUACAUAAUCUCAGCCGAUUCACACACACACAGUUUGGAGACACGUGCACACAAAGCAUUUGCCGCAUGAAUAAAUUCACAUAAUCAGACACUUGUUUUGCAGAAACAGCUGUUGAACUCUCGUGCUGUGACCUCUGACCUACAGGGUUAUGCGCCAUCAGCCCCUGGAGGGCAUUUGUCCUCUCUGCAACCUGCUCGAGCCGUAUGGGAUAGGAGCGCCCCGUCCCGCCCUCUGCAGCCUCACUGGAGUCAUUUGUGCCAAAGCUGAGCCGUGUUGAGGGAGAAACGAUGGGCAGCCCGGGCUGCGAGGUGGAUGUAGCCGGGCCGGUGGAGCCGGCGCUGGAGUCUCUGUGUCCAGAGUGUGGCCAGAUCCACCGCGGCUGGGAGAACCACCUCUACAACUACCGCCUGGAGGUGGACGACGACCUGGUGUGCCACAUCUGCCUGCAGCCGCUGGUGCAGCCGCUGGACACGCCGUGCGGACACACCUUCUGCGCCCGCUGCCUGCGCAGCUUCCUCCAGGAGAGGGACUUCUGCCCCCUGGACAGGGCCCGGCUGCAGCUGCAGGCGUGCCGCAGGUCCAGCAUCCUGGUCCACAAGCUGCUGGACAAGCUGUCCGUGUCCUGCCCUCUGAGUCCUGUCUGCUCCCUCGGCAUGCCGCGGUGUGACCUGGAGGCUCACCUCAAACACAGGUGUCCUGGGACUCGUAGUCAGCAGACGAGCGUGGACGGGCCACGAUGCGAGAGCGGCGACGAGCGGGCCAUGGUGACGAGCCCCCACACAUCCCCUCACUCCCCACAGACAGACCUGAGGGACCAAACGCCCUCGCCCAGCACUGGCCCUAAUAACACCAACGGAUCCGUGUGGACUGACGACGCCGGCCUCGACAACCCUGCCUUCGAAGAAAGCAAUGAAGAAGACAGUGUGGUGGGGUUGGAGUGCGUGGUCCCCAGGGUAAAGAGGCCCCUCAGUAACCCUUGCAUCCAUCUUCUCCGCUCUGUCAGCUCCACUUCCUCUGGUUGGGACUGUCCUGAAUCUCCACCUCUGUCUGCUGAGGAAGGCUGUGUGAAGCUGCCCUCCCUCCCUGAAGGAGAAAUAACCACCAUCGAGGUCCACCGGUCAAACCCGUACAUCGAGCUGGGAAUCAGUGUUGUUGGUGGAAACGAGACGCCGCUCAUUAAUAUAGUGAUUCAGGAAGUGUAUCGAGACGGGGUCAUUGCACGAGAUGGGAGGCUGCUGGCUGGAGAUCAGAUACUACAAGUGAACAAUGUGGACAUCAGUAAUGUGCCACACAGUUUUGCCCGCUCCACCCUGGCACGGCCCUGCACCACCCUGCAGCUGACCGUGCUCCGUGAGCGUCGCUGUGCCUCUCGGGCGCCUCCCUCUUCCUCUUCCUCCUCCUCCACCCCGGCUGUACCUCACGCCCCCUGCUCCACACCUGAGGGGACCCCGUCCAGCCCCGCCACGCUGAGAAUCACGCUUCACAAGCGAGACUCUGCCGAGCAGCUCGGCAUCAAGCUGGUGCGGCGGACGGAUGAGUCGGGGGUGUUUGUGUUGGACCUGCUGGAUGGAGGCCUGGCAGCGAAGGAUGGCAGACUGAGGAGCAACGACCGGGUGCUGGCAGUCAACGAGCAGGACCUUCGACACGGUACCCCUGAGCAGGCUGCUCAGAUCAUACAGGCCAGUGGAGAGCGAGUCCAUCUGCUGAUUGGUCGACCCACAAAACCAACUCCACCCCCACCGCCAAAAUCCAGCUCGACCAGAGACCUUUACUGCCCUGAACACUUCCUGCCUAACCACAGCUCUACUCCAAGUCCUGUUCCUGUACACCUGUCCCGCACCAGCACACACAGAGAUCUGUCACAGUGUGUGACAUGUAAGGAGAAACACAUCACAGUAAAGAAGGAGUCCCACGAGUCUUUAGGGAUGACUGUGGCAGGAGGGCGUGGCAGUAAGAGCGGCGAGCUGCCAAUCUUCGUCACAAGCGUCCAGCCCCAUGGCUGCUUGUCAAGGGACGGGCGCAUCAAAAGAGGUGACGUCCUGCUGAGCAUCAACAGUCAGGAUCUGACCUACCUGAGCCACAGCGAGGCAGUGGGCACACUGAAGGCCAGCGCCGCUUCGCCCUCGGUCCAGCUACGGGUGCUGGAGGUCAGCAUGGUGGAGGAGCACGACCACGACGAGCUGCUGCCCCACGCCCACGACAGUGACUUUGACGCCAACUGGUCCCCAUCGUGGGUCAUGUGGCUAGGCCUGCCCAGCUACCUUCACAGCAGUCAUGAGAUCGUGCUGCGGAGGAGCCACCCGGGCAGCUGGGGCUUCAGCAUCGUUGGGGGAUACGAGGAAAGUCACGGCAACCAGGCGUUUUUUAUCAAAACCAUCGUUCUAGGCACGCCUGCGUACUACGACGGCCACCUCAAGUGUGGUGACUUGAUAGUGGCGGUUAACGGCCUGUCGACAGCAGGGAUGAGCCACUCGGCGCUGGUUCCCAUGCUGAAAGAGCAGCGCAGCCGGGUGGCUCUUACUGUGGUCUCCUGGCCCGGCAGUCUGGUAUAACCGGGACAAAAAUCAGCAGGCUGUCCGCUCCGCCGAGUCCACCCGGAGUGCUCUAUAUCGGGAACAACCUUGGCCAAAGUGAACUGGUACAUGCUACUGUACAUCGCUCCAUAUCGGGCUUAAUCCAGGACCAAAAGCAUUCAGAACCGUUGUAGACCCAGCAGGAUCAAGCUUCCUCCUGACCAGGAUUGAACCGAUCCAGAUCGUGCCACGUCACUCGACAGACUGCACUCACGAGAAGCACUGCUGUGUUCAUAUGGUCAUGUUGUCUUUGCUCCCACUGGGAGAACGGUACUGCAACUGCUAACAAGCGACUCGUGCUGUCUUCACCUCACCGAGCAGUUGUAGAACCCAGGGUUGUAUUCGGAUGGAGACAUCGCUGCGGGGCGGGGAGGACGUUAUCUGAUCCUUCAGACAGGCUGAAGUCACUUUAAUCCAGACGUUCUGCUGGGAUGUGUCCAUCUGAAUAAGCCUCAGGCCUUAUUAGAAACCUGCCACAUCCUGAGGGGCUCAUCGGCCCUCAGAUAUCAUAACCAGCUGCCCCGUCAACUGGUCUUUUAUACAUGUGUGAAUGUGUUUUCUGUAAUAAACAUUUCCUUUUAAGAA